ACAUGAUUUUGCGUGUUUGCAAAUCAAAACAAAAUAAUAAACAAAAAUCAAUUAUAUUUAGAUUAAUUAUGUCCCCACUAAUUAAAUUUAUUAAUAAAAUUGUGUAAGUUUAGUUCGUGGUACGUAUUGUGUAAAUUAGUAUUGAUUUUCCAAACUUUCUAAUUUUCUCUGAUGUCGAGAACUAUACAAACUGUUACAAAAUGGUUGCCAUUAGAUGUUAAAGAAUCUGAAGACAUUUUCCAGGACUGCAAAAAUUUGAAAAAAACAUCGACAAAUUUGUUACUUCGCAUUUGUGUCCUUUUGGAAAAUCUGAAGAAAAAAUCUAGUUCAAAAAUUCACCAUAAUUGUAUGCAAAACGAGUUAAAUAUCCAAGAAUUAGAAAAUAUUCAUUCAACAAUGGAUGGUAUGGUCGAACAUUACAAUCAAUUAUUUCAGAAAUUUAACUUUGAAAGCGCUUUCUUAAUUACUAUGAAAAGAGUAAAAUUGUGGAAGGAAAUUCUAUGGAAAGUUAAAUUAAAAAUUUGCUAUCUUAUACAAGAGCUUAUCAACGAAAUUACAUAUUUAUUCAUUUACUACGGCGAAAUCUUCUUAACUUUAACAUUAAGAAUCUCAACCGCUUAUAAUAAUUUAUUUUCGCUCGACGCUAAAUACGGACUAAAGAAAAACACCAGUAUUUGUAAUAACACGUGUCCUUAUCUCUUCUUCCCUCUUCGAAAAAUAUCAGUGACACGUCUUCUUCAAAUAAUUGCAAACAAUAGAGCCGAACUCUGCUGUCACAAAUUAAUCGAUUGUUUACUUGCUACUUACAAGUCUUAUGACAACAGUGAUGAUGAUAACAGUUCAGAUAACUCGAGUUUUGAAAUUUAUCGAGCUUUAACCAAGCAUAUGUCACCCCCAGACCCGGAAACACCAACAAAAACAAAAAUAACAAACUUCGAAAAUGACAAUGAGAAUUUUCUAAGCAUCGAGGAACUGAUUUCAUAUGAAGAAAAAAACGUUUUGGAUUUACUAGACAUGAUUUUGAAAAUAUCCCCUUCCAUGUUAGGGAGUGACGGGGUGAAAAAAUCGAAAAGUACAGGCGGGAGUAAAAUCAAGUCUAAAGCUCGGGAGAAAGUCUUGGAUUAUUAUGAACAAAUUUUGUGGGGGGAGGUUGGCAAUUUCCUUGAACAUAUAAUUUUGUGGUGGGCUUCGAGCCCGCUGAGUGCGCGCCCCCCUCACAGUAGCCAACAUUUACGCGAGUGGAUCAUCCAGUUUAUCCCCAUUGCUGACGUCCCAAGGGUUGUUUUAUCCGCAUUGACGAGUCUUGCAGACGCUUUGGGUGUCCACGUGACUCUGACGUCAUGGGAUCAGCAUUUCCGGUUGGCUCUAGUCGCAUCCAAAUCCAUGGGGAAUCCUGACACAGGCAAACUCUUUUGCUCUGUGUUACAAGAUUUGGUUACUUUGGUGAACCAGUGCGAGGUUACCCCUGAUUGGAUCAUUGGAGCACCAUUAGAAGAGUUGUCUUUGGUUGAGCAAAUUCCCGUUUUGCAUCGCUUGGAUCACUCGGUUCAUACAACCAGGCUUUGGGCCGCGAGUGAGACUAAAAAAAUUGCAAAUAAUUGGAAUGUUGAUGCUUUCUUUAUGAUCACUCACACGGAUAUCGUGAGCUGUUUGGGGCAGUUGAGUGGAUUGAGGCUGGCCGAUCAUGGAAAUGACAUUGAGAAGGGGGGUCUGGGGGUCCAUGUCCAAGUUUGUGCCUUGAUGAGGGCCAAACUGGUCUCAGAAGUCAAUGAGAACAUAAAAAAAAUGAAGGAAACUCCAAAUGAGUGUGUCAAAGGCUUGGCCAGUGUUUGCAGGACCAUCAGUUUGGCCAACCUACAGAUGAUUUUUCCGGAAAAUUCCUACUGGAAAAGGGUUGCGAUUCAAGCACCGGAAAAGCCGAGCCCUUAUGUUGAUAAAUAUUUAGACCGAAUUCUAACACCAAUCCUAAUUGCAACAGACGAUCAUGUGAUUAGUAACAUGAUUUUACAAAUUAUGUGCGAAGCAUGGCUUGAUCACAUUUAUAUGAAUAAAAUCAAGUUUUCGCAAUUUGGCGCUUGUCAACUGCUUUGCGAUUUUGGUUAUAUUGAAACUUGGUUGAUGAAUUGUUCGGUUAUGAGUCAGUCUAUGAGGAAAAAAAUGAUCAAAAAUGAAGUACUGAGACGGUGCGAAGGAGUUGGGAGGUUGUUACUGCGAUGUCCGGGAGAACAAAUUAAAAUGGUGGAUAAAAACAAGAAAAUAAAGCCCACAAAUUCGCCUCCUGCCGAGAAAAAUGAGCAAAUGCCGGCCGAGAUGUACGUCCCUAAUCAGGAACAAUGGCUCGAACUUCGCGUUAUAAAGAAGAGAAACCUCUUUUCUACUUCCUUAUGUUGUGGAAAAUUGUAA